GUACUUCAUUAUCCUUUCAGAGACUCUGUUGGAGAACCAUCGUCUCCAGCACACACACUGUCUUUAUGGGGUCUAUAUGGACACUGCAUUCAAGCCUUGUUGGGGCAUCACCCUGGCUGCUUCUUGGGGCAUUGUUUAUCUUUCUUUUUCCAGUGUUCUCUGAUGUUCGUAAAUAUGCAAAGGAAAGGAAAGAACUACGUUUAGAGAGAGGUGUGGUGAAAGAAGAAGAGACUGGUUUGGGGAUAGAGGGAGUGAGUGGUGUUGCUUCUAGCUUACCUCAAUGUGCGAAACUGACAGACAGUGAGCCUCUGGCCCUGCAGUCUGGGGGGGAUGUUGUGAUUGGAGGGUUUUUCCCUCUUCAUUAUGUGGCCCCUAAACCACAGCACAGUUACCGCAGCAAACCUCAGCUCACACCUUGCACGAGCUUUGACCACAGAGCCUUCCGCUGGAUGAUGACCAUGGUGUUUGCAGUGGAGGAAAUUAACCGUAAUUCAAGCCUAUUACCAGGUGUUAAACUAGGCUACCGGUUAUUGGACAGCUGUGACCAUAUCCACACCAGCCUGCAAGCUCUUUUCUCUUUAGUCACUCACUCUACAGCAGUGAUGAGUGAGGUGACACAAAUGGAAGAAACUGAAAAAAGAUUAGAUAUGGUAAAGGACAGAGAUACUAAAAUGGAGGGACUAAAGAUAGAAAACACAACAAAGGAUAUGAUGCUGACCACAGUCAGAAAGAGAGAUGCUGAAAUUAGUAGUGCAUUGCCUCACAGUCUUGAAAGAAAUGGGAAUUGCAUUAAGGAAAAUGUAACAGAGGAGAGAAUGGAUUGGAGUACACAAUCUGAAACUUUGCCCUCAUGUCUGUCUGAUUCUCCUGUGCCUGCUGUGAUCGGUCUUGCAUCUUCUUCCCCUACAAGAGCUGUAGCUCAGACGCUUGGCCCUUUCAACCUCCCACUGGUGAGUUAUUUUGCCACUUGUACGUGCCUUACUGACAAGCGUAUGUACCCGUCAUUCUUGCGGACCGUGCCGAGUGAUCUCUUUCAAGUUAGAGGUCUUGUUCAGCUGGUCACCUUCUUAGGCUGGUUCUGGGUGGGCACAAUAGAGACCACGGAUGACUACAGUCACUAUGGAAUCCAAGCAUUCACUAAUCAGUUUAAACAACAAGGUGGGUGUCUGGCAUUUCAUCUGACUAUCCCCAAAUCACCCACCGCGGCUGAAAUACAAGAAAUGGCAGACAGGCUGCAGAGUUCAACCGCACAGGUAGUGGUGGUCUUUGCUUCAGAGGUACAGCUGCUGGAACUACUGUUAGAGUUGGUUCAGAGAAAUGUGACGGGGAUCCAGUGGGUAGCUAGUGAAUCCUGGGUGGCCGCUAGCGUGCUGACUUCACCCCACUUUCACCCUCUCUUAGAGGGCACACUGGGCUUCUCUUUCCCUGGAGUUAGUAUUCCCGGCUUAAAAGAGUUUUUGUUGAAUGUCCGGCCUUCUCCCAAACCUGGGAUGGAAUUUGUCAACAUGUUCUGGGAAGAGCUGUUUGGCUGUAGGCUUGAGUUUAGUUCAGACUCUCAAAACAAUUCAACAUACAGCACAUUCAAGGCAUCAGAUGAUGAAAAGCCUAUAUGCACUGGUUCAGAGGAUCUGAGGUACACUGACAGCAGUUAUACUGAUGUAGCUCAGGUCAGAAUAUCCUAUAACGUGUAUAAAGCUGUAUACGCAAUCGCCCAUGCUCUGCACACUUUAUUGAACUGUGGUUCUGCAGGAUAUGAGGGACUGUGUGAGAAACAUAAAUCAUUUACUACUAGUCAGUUACUGCAUCAUCUGAAGAUGGUAAAUUUCACCAACCAGUUUGAAGAGAAAGUAUAUUUUGACUCCAACGGAGAGCCGGUCCCCCUCUAUGAUAUCAUUAACUGGCAGAAGGACGGCAAGGGUGAAAUCAGAUUUGUGAAAGUGGGAAGCUAUGAUGGCUCGGCUCCAAUGAAACAACAGCUGCAGAUGGAGCAGAGCACCAUUGUAUGGACAAAAGGACAGUCACAGGUGCCUGUAUCUCAAUGUAGCGCUCCAUGCUCCCCUGGCAGCCGGCAGGCCAGAUAUCCAGGAAAGCCCCACUGCUGCUUUGAUUGUUUGCCUUGUGCAGAGGGAGAGAUAAGCAACCAGACUGGUUCCACAGAGUGCACAAAAUGUCCUGAGUACUACUGGUCAGACAAAGACAAGGUGAAAUGUGUGGCUGGGGUUGAAGAAUUCCUGUCUUUCUACGACACCAUGGGCAUCAUCCUGGUUGCACUCACACUGCUGGGUGUCAUCCUGACAACCGUCAUCACUAGUGUCUUUCACCGUUUCCGCUCCACACCGAUUGUCAAGGCCAACAACUCAGAAAUAAGUUUCUUACUUCUCCUGUCGCUCAAGCUCUGCUUCCUGUGUUCCCUGGUGUUCAUUGGCCAGCCAUCUGUGUGGACAUGUAGGCUCCGCCAGGCGGCAUUUGGGAUCAGCUUUGUCCUCUGUCUGUCCUGCCUCCUUGUUAAGACCAUUGUGGUUCUCUUGGCCUUCCGGGCUAGUGCACCUGGUUCCAGAGCUGUGAAGCUGUUUGGUCCCUCUCAACAGAGGACUUUAAUCCUGUGCACCACAGCUCCUCAGGUUUGUGUCUGUGCUGGCUGGCUGUCGGGCGCAUCUCCCUUCCCAUUCAGGAACCCAACCUACCAAGCCUCAACUGGAAAAAUUGUUGUGGAGUGUAAGGAACCAUGGCCUCCUGGCUUUUAUCUGGUCCUGGGCUACAUUGGCCUAUUGGCCUUCCUCUGCCUCCUCCUCGCGUUCCUCGGACGCAAGCUACCUGAUACAUUCAAUGAGGCCAAGCUCAUCACCUUCAGCAUGCUGAUCUUCUGGGCCGUGUGGAUCUCUUUCAUCCCAGCUUAUGUCAGCUCUCCUGGGAAGUUCACUGUGGCUGUGGAAGUAUUUGCUAUAUUAGCCUCCAGUUUUGGACUGUUACUGUGUAUUUUUGUGCCCAAAUGUUACAUAAUUUUACUGCGGCCUGAGAGAAACAUUAAGAAAGGAAUGACUGGGAAACAUCUCAAAUGAACUCAGCAUUUAUGACGAGGGUCAUUUUAAGUGGCUGUCUGGCAAAGCAUGCUUUUUAAUUUGAAAUUGUAAUUAGAAAAUAAUUUAGAAUUUUUUUUAUGAUGAAACAAAAAUAAAAUGCCACAUGAAACAUGUUUCAAUAAUAUUAUUUUAAUACUACGCUUCAAGUGAGGACCUAACUGAAAGUUUCCCUCUUACUGUAAAUUAAUAUGAGUGAAUUCCUAUAACUGCAUUAAUAAAAUGUAUAAGCUCUAUAUACAAUGUGGUGUCAGUACUAUCUGGAGUAUCUGUGUGCAGUUAUUUCCCUUCAACUCUGGAAACAGUGUCACAGGUUUCUGGAGACGUGCCUUUGCAAACGACAUAGUUACCACUGUGUAUGUAAGUGUAAAUCUGGUAUGGAAUUUACAUAAUUAAUAAUAAAUGACAAUUAAUGAUUUUAUUUUUCAUCAAUGACCAACUUUGCAUGGCAGUGACACAAAGGAUUGUGCCAUGACUGCAAUUAAGCUAAGCAAUG